AUUGCAGGUGUGAGCCUCCUCCAGGCCUGGCCAUUUAUGUUAAUAUUGGUCCUAAGGAGGAAACAGGACCUGGAGGGGUUCUCUGGGGAAGAGGGGGUGGUCUCACUUUGCCAAACGAAAGGUGGGACUUGGGCACUACCAGACCAAGUAACUGGUACUGGCAUUGCAGUCUAAUACUCCUCAAUUACUUGAAGGUGCAGUUUAGAAGUCUGUGACUGACUGACAGAGAGGCUGGCCCUAGAACUCCACUUCCCAGGAGGUCUUGGGGCGUGGAGUGGAGUCUGCGUUCGCCGAUGGGGUGGGACUCCAUCGCUACCCGGAUGUGGCGGCGAGCUCGCGGAGUUUGCCAAUCCCAACGCGAGACUCUCAGGAGGCUGGUCAGUUGCUGUUGAACGUCGCUGGCGGACGGGCGAGGAUGAAGACAUCCCAUUGUCCGGAAACGCAGGAAUUAUUUGAGGCUUGAAGGUUAACAACUUGCUCAAGUUCACAAAACCAAGGAGGACUUGUUUUUGACUCCAGGCAGUCUGACUGCAGAGCCUUGACAGGACUACAAAGGGAAGAAUGCAGACAAUUAAAUGUGUGGUUGUAGGAGAUGGGGCUGUAGGGAAAACCUGCCUCCUCAUCAGUUAUACAACAAAUGCCUUUCCUGAGGAGUAUAUCCCCACUGUCUUUGACAAUUAUAGCACCCAGACAUCUGUGGAUGGCCAAAUCGUCAGCCUGAACCUAUGGGACACUGCUGGCCAAGAGGAGUAUGACCGACUGCGAACACUCUCCUACCCCCAGACCAAUAUCUUUGUCAUUUGUUUUUCCAUUGGCAACCCAUCCUCUUAUGCCAAUGUGAGGCAUAAGUGGUACCCAGAGGUCUCCCAUCAUUGUCCCAAUGUACCUGUUCUGCUGGUAGGUACCAAAAGGGACCUGCGGAGUGACUUUGAGACGGUGAAGAAACUGAAGGAGCAGAGCCUAGUACCCACAACUCCUCAGCAAGGCACUUCCCUUGCUAAACAGGUGGGGGCUGUAAAGUAUUUGGAAUGUUCAGCCCUGAAGCAGGAUGGGGUGCGUGAGGUAUUUGCAGAGGCUGUGCGGGCUGUGCUUUACCCUGCCACAAAGAAGAACAUCAAGAAGUGCAUCCUCUUAUAGCUUUUGGGUGCCGUGUGGGGACUGCACCUAAGGAGUUUAAGGGAGGGGAUUCCUUUGACAGCAAUUAAGCAUGCCAGCAUGAGCCAUUUUUCUAGAAACCCUAGGCUCCAGGAUAUUUGGCUUUUGGAAGAAUGAAGACACACUGGUUUGUACAUGGCUGCUUUGAAAUUUGGUCUAACCUUUAUGGAGGAAGGUGUGUGUGUGUGUUGCACAUGCACGUGUAUCCUCUGUCAAAAUGGUGAAGAGGAGAUGCCACACAGUAUGUUAUUUUCUCUCCUGGCCAGGCUGUGAGUAAGCAAAGCAGUCUAUUACUGUUCUUUGUAGGCUUUUGCUUGUUUGCUUUUUCCUAUCUUUUUUUUUUUUUGCUGUUUUUGGCCGGGGCUGGGUUUGAACUCCACCACAUCCGGCAUAUGGGGCCAGUGCCUUACCCCUUUGAGCUACAGGCACCACCCUGCUUGUUUGCUUUUAAAUCUAAUUUCAGCGGGUGGCACCUGUGGCUGAGUGAGUAGGGCACCAGCCCCAUAUACCGAGGGUGGUGGGUUCAAGCUCAGCCCUGGCCAAAUUGCAACAAAAAAAAUAGCCUGGUGUCAUGGCGGGUGCCUAUAAUCCCAGCUACUCGGGAGGCUGAGGCAAGAGAAUCGCCUAAGCCUAAGGAUUUGGAGGUUGCUGUGAGCUGUGACAGCACAGCACUCUAUCGAGGGUUAAUAAGUGAAACUGUCUCAAAAAAAAAAAAAAUUCUAAAAAAAAAACAAACUAAUUUCAGCUUUCCUUGCUGUAUUUGCCAUAGAGCAAGUGCCUCACAGAAGGACAAAGUUGUUCUAGUUUUCAAAUCAUUGCCUUAAACUUUCUGAUAUACAAUUUUUUUUUUUUGAGAUGGUGACUUGCUUUGUCACCCUGGGUAGAGUGCAGCGGCAUCAUUUAGUUCACAGCAGUCUCAAACUCAGAAUCAAGGGAUCUAUCUUCCUGCCUCAGCCCCCCAAAAUAGCUGGGACUUACAGGUGCACAUGACCAUGCCUGGAUAAUUUUUCUAUUUUUUGUAGAGACAGGGUCUUGCUUUGCUCAGGCUGGUCUCAAACUCCUGACCUCUAACAUCCUCCCACCUUGGCCUCCCAAGGCGCUAGGAUUACAUGAUAUGCUAAUUUUUUUUUUUUUUUUCCUGUAGAGACAGAGUCUCACUUUAUGGCCCUCGGUAGAGUGCCGUGGCCUCACACAGCUCACAGCAACCUCCAACUCCUGGGCUUAAGCGAUUCUCUUGCCUCAGCCUCCCGAG